AUGUGUUAUUAUGGCAGCUACUAUGGAGGCCUGGGCUAUGGCUAUGGUGGUCUAGGCUAUGGUUAUGGCUGUGGCUAUGGCUGUGGUUAUGGCUGUGGCUAUGGCUGUGGCUAUGGUGGAUAUGGCUAUGGCUGCCGCCGCCCAUUGUGCUGUAGAAGAUACUGGUCUUAUGGCUUCUACUGA